AUGGGCAACAAGCAGACAGUCUUCACUCAUGAGCAGCUGGAAGCGUAUCAGGAUUGCACCUUCUUCACAAGAAAGGAAAUCAUGAGGCUCUUCUAUCGCUACCAGGACCUGGCUCCCCAGCUUGUUCCCCUCGACUAUACCAGCAGCCCUGAUGUGAAGGUGCCCUACGAGCUCAUCGGCAGCAUGCCCGAGCUGAAGGACAACCCAUUCCGCCAGAGGAUUGCCCAGGUGUUCUCUGAGGACGGGGACGGGCACAUGACCUUGGACAACUUCCUGGACAUGUUUUCCGUGAUGAGCGAAAUGGCUCCCCGCGACCUCAAAGCCUAUUAUGCUUUUAAAAUUUAUGACUUUAACAAUGAUGGCUACAUCUGUGCGUGGGACCUGGAGCAGACAGUGACCAAGCUGACGCGGGGGGAGCUGAGUGCUGAGGAGGUGAGCCUGGUGUGUGAGAAGGUGCUGGAUGAGGCCGAUGGUGACCACGACGGGCGGCUGUCCUUGGAAGACUUCCAGAACAUGAUCCUGCGGGCACCCGACUUCCUCAGCACCUUCCACAUCCGCAUCUGAGCGCACCGUGGAGGAGAAACCGGGUCAGAGGAGGACGGGGUGACCCCUCAAUCCAUGGUGGAAUCCAGUCUCCCUGGG